UAUGAAAUCAACGAGCGGAUGUAAUGUGUAGAAACAUAUUAAGGGAUUAAUGAAUAUAAAAGCACACGGGUUUACUUUUGGCCUUCUUUAAGUCUUUCCCUUCGUGACAAGUAAACGCCACGAUAUGUGUGUAUAUAUCAAAUGUACCCAUUUGUCAAUCACGUAAGUUCAGCUGAAGAAGUACCUUUGUAAAAGUAAUUUAGAAUGAAUGAGCAUAUUCACAUGUAUCCAUCGCACGAUAGACCGGUAUCUCCAUUACUGUUUAUUUUACCAAGCCGCUGGUGAAACAUUUCCUAACCACGUCCUCGCGUACGAAGGGGAAUUCCCUCCACUCACCGCGACUCAGCGCACGCGUAUAUUGGCUCGCAAAGCAUCGGCGUGAAGUGUGGAUUUUUUUUAAAUAUAUAUACUUUUUUAUAUAUAUACCGUUUUCGCCACAUCGCCUUUCGUUGGGUGUUACGUGCGGGCUUCAGACUUCACCUCGAGGAAAGUCCCUCGGCACAGUCGCAAGUGCAAAGCCCCAAUGGCAUCUCUUGAAGUCGUCACCACCCCAAGACCUCAGCAACCCGCCCCACAUGUUGCCCUGUAUAUAAGGCGCGCUGCAAAAGAGGUGAGCCGUGAUUAUUUCUGCUCGGCCGAAGACUGAACAUGGAUUUGCUCCUGACGGUCUGCUUGUUUCUCCAACUUCUCCACGGCACAUUUGCCAGUAAACACGUGUGGUGCUACGGCAAAGUUCAUGAAACCGAUGGUGCCAAGUCCUGUUGCGGAACGAAGUUGUACUCCACGGAGAGUGACAUAUGCUGCAAUGACAGGAUCUACAACAAAGAGGAGUACGGUUGCAACGACGGCGAGCUGUGCAGCAGAUCCGCAUCGGAUGACCUGUCUGAAUGUCCUGUGGAAAUCCCAGCAGGCGACGGCAUUCAGCCACUCCACGCCUUCUCUUCCAAGCGCUACAAAUUCGCCACUAUCGGGACUCUGCGACCCCCGCUGCCCGGCGAGGAAUGUAACCACGUCCGCUUUGACGCCCACGUGGAGGUUUGGAAGCAGGGACGGAAGGACCACCUCAAGGUGAAGGUGAUGCCGGACGACAAGCCCUGGUCCAUCGUCUUGCCGAAGGAGCGAGGAGGCCCUUGCCCCGAUCCGACUGAAGACCAGACCUACAUCCUGCUCUCGGCAGGGAGGGGCAAGGCCGUCAAUCUGCAGAGUGAACAAGCGGAGAUCUUCACGGCCCACGGCGAUAUGGGCCAUGCGUUCAAAGCCCUGCAUAUCUGGCUGGACGCGAAUCCGAGGAGAAGUCGAAGCUGAACCUCCUCCGAGGGAGCGGCGUUCCCUCGCGCGGGGGUUGAAUCUCGGCGACGCAAUCCGGGUGGCGCAGAGGCGAAGCGGGGGCCAAGUGUGUCCGAAGCACGUUCCUUUUUUGUUUCCUCUUGCCCUUGGCAUUCCAAAACAUCCUUAAUUUAUAUUUUUAUUAUUUUAUUGUUUCCCUUCUACGUGACCUUACCGAAAGAACCAAGAAUAUUAAUCCUUAUUUACAUUGGAAAUGGUUUUUAGGAAGUAGAUGAGGGCAGGAGAGGUGGGGGGGGGUUAAAUUUCGAAAAAAAUUCAAAGAGAGUUUUGAAGGAUUAGUAAGGCCUUUAAAUUAUCAUUAUAAAUCAUAUUUAUUAAUACUGGAGGAAUCCGAUGAGCUAUU